AUGGCUGAGAAUAUCCCUCCUGGCGCUGCCAGCAAACCCGCGUCUGCCAGUGCCGAUCGACCAGGCCUUCCAUACUAUGAGAAACUCCGCCGUGAUUUGCGCGACACACUCCAAAAGAAGAGGCUUUUAGAUCGCAACUUGGCGGCCAUCGAAGACCAAAUUUAUCGACAAGAGACCACCUACCUCGAAGAGACAUCGGUUGCAGGCAACAUUGUCAAGGGAUUCGACAAUUACAUCAAGGCGUCCGCGGUAUCCGCAGCUACCAGUUCUGCAGGUGGUACUGUCUCCGGAAGUGCAGUCGGUGGCGGACUAGGUGCAGGUCGCCGCAAGCCCGUCAUCAACGAUACCGAUCGGGUCUUCACAAGAAGCUCUGUCUCAUACAUGCGAGAUUCGGAUUCACCUAGCAGCGCUACCAGUACGCCGCAUGCCGGUACGCCGACUGCAAGUUUCGCAGCCGAAAAGGGUGACAAGAAGAAAAAGAAGAGUGCGGCUGCUGCCGCGGCCGCAGCGAACAACGAUGAUGACACCGACACGAGAUCGAACAAGCGCCAGAAGAUUACUUUUGGAGGUUCACGAAAAGGCCAUGAUGACUGA